CGAAUGAAUUCGUGUGAAAAAGAUGCGUAAUUUUUGAACUUAAAUGUUAGUCGCUUAUCACUAAAUUUUGAACAAAUUCCUCAUGUACUUCCACCUCUCAUUUUAACAAAGAAAGGACAACAUGAAGGUCACAAUACUUUUAGCUAUCCUUGUAGUAGGAGUGAGUUGCUUCCCAGAAAGGCGGGCAAACAAUGGCUGCAACAGUUUCUGUCCCAUGUAUAUCAUAGAAUUCUGUGGAUCAGACGGGAAAACAUACAACAGCAAUGAGUGUUUUCUGAAAUCUCAGUGGUGCAACGAGGGCAAAAAUGACUUUGAAAGCUUCCGUACCCUCCAUAUGGGAGCCUGCACCGGAAAUGAACUGACCGGGGAGAAGAGUACCGAACCAACACAAACACCAACAACAAUGUAAACAAAUAUCAACAUGAAUUGUUUUGCUUUGAAUUGAAAUGACUUCUUUUUGAAUACUAAAAUAAACAUAAAUUGAA